AUGGCAAUUCUUCCACAUGGCUUUAUUGAGGCCAUUCACGCCUCACCGCUGCGGUGUGUGUUGUAUGUCAUGGGAGCCGGGAGUUCCGUCAUCGCCCAACUCACCAGUGUCGCGGGAUGCUCACGUACUCUUCUUGAUGCUCGUGUGCCUUACGCGAUGGCCGCCGCCUUGCAGAUGUUGGAUGACCGGCCACCAAAGAUGGUUUCAGCGACAGUGGCGCGCCAGAUGGCCCAACAUGCAUAUCACCGCGCGGUUGAGUACAGUAAUGGUGAUGACGACGGAACGCUUGUUGGCAUUGGAUCCACCUCCGCUGUGCAAACAGAUCGCAUAAGACACGGUAAAGAUUGCGCCUUUGUGGCAGCGUGGUCUCAGCGGCAGGUGGUGGAGUUUGCCAUGGAACUGCCGGGGCAUCUCGCACGCGCCGAGCAGGAGGAACAGGUGACAUUGCUUCUGUUCAAAGCCCUGGCAGAGUGUGCAAAAGUGCCAUUUGAAAUAUCGUUUGUGGUGGAGCCGAAGAGGCUUUCCUACAUUUUGCCAGACUCUCCGCUAAGAAGCCUCCUUCAGGGUGAGAUAAAGUUUCUUGUUUUCAAUACUUAUGGGGAGCUGCGUGCGGAUUUUGUGCCAUACGUGGCAGAGACGUCUUUUGCGGUAAAAACUGAAAAUUCAUGGAAAGCUUUAUUGUUUCCAGGUUCAUUUCGUCCGUUGCAUUGGGGUCAUACAGAGCUGGCGAGAGCGGCAGUGCGAGCGAUGGCAACCAUGAAAGGGAAAUUAAAUAGCAAAAGCACAGACAUAUCAUCGCCGUCUUGGAAUGUGCCCGAUGCCAGCAAUGUCCGGGUGACGUAUGAGAUUGCGGUGGACAAUGCAGACAAAGGAAUUAUAGACUCUGAUGUGGAGCUUAAGAAAAGGGUACAACAAUUUUUACAGCGUGGGGCGCGUGUGGCUGUGACAAGGGCUCGUCUCUUCACAGAGAAGGCUCUGUUGUUUCCGGGACAUGGAUUUAUCGUGGGGAUAGACACUAUGAAGCGUAUUCUUGAUCCAAAGUAUUAUGACAAUUCAAGGGAAGCAAUGCUACGUGCAAUGCAAUUUAUUCGAGAGCAAGGCGGUUACUUUGUGGUUGCUGGCCGUGCUUCAGGUGGAAAGGACGCGGUGUGGGAAGACUUGACAAGCAUUGAGGUGCCAGCGGAAGUGGAGUCAAUGCUCAUUUCCAUUCGAAAAGAGGACUUUUGUGUGGAUGUGAGCUCGACAAUGUUGCGAGAACGGAGUAAAUCCACAUGCUAA